AUGGGAAAGUUCACAAAGGAUAAGAGAGAUAUAUAUUACAGAAAAGCCAAGGAAGAUUGUUUUAGAGCUAGAUCUGCCUAUAAGCUUUUGCAAAUAGAUGAAGUAUUUGGUAUUUUUGAAAAUGCUGAGAGAGUUAUAGAUUUAUGUGCAGCUCCAGGUAGUUGGAGUUAGGUUGUAUCAAAAAAGCUGACUGAAAAAGGGUUAUUCAAGGAUUCUAAUGGUGAAGAUGUACGUAUUAUAUCAAUAGAUUUACAAGAAAUGGCUCCCAUAGAUAAUGUUGUAUAAUUGCAAGGUGAUAUAACUAAAAAAGAAACUGUAGAUGAAAUAUUACAUAAAUUCAAAGGUAACAAAGCUAAUUUAGUUAUCGAUGAUGGUGCCCCUGAUGUUACAGGUUUCCAUGAUAUAGAUUAAUACUUACAAUCUUAGUUGAUGGUUGCUGCACUUAAUAUUUGUAACGAAACAUUAAAAAAGGGAGGACAUUUUGUUGCAAAAAUUUUUAAGGGAACAGACAUUAAAUUUUUGUACUCAUAAUUUAAAUUAUUCUUUAAAAGCGUAUAUGUUGUUAAACCUAAAAGUUCUAGAGCUUCUUCUGUAGAAAAUUUCUUAGUAUGCCUAUAAUACGAUCCUCCUCAAUCAUUUGAAAACUCUACUACAAAAAGUUUAUAUACCUUUUAACCUGAAAUAGAAAAGAUAUAAGAAGUUAAUGAGUAAAUUUCUAAACAAACUAAGGAAGAUCAAAAGUAUUACAAAUUUGUCACAUGUGGAGACCUUUCAGGAUUUGAUGAAGCAGAUUGA